ACCCAGACACGGGCAUCUCUGACCCAGAGCAGUAUCACACCUACUCCGAGCUCACCAACCCGCAGGAGCCGCUGAGUAAGGAGCAGUGGGAUGACCUGGGCAGCAGCACCUCUCCCUGCUCCCAGGCCAGCGAUGAUGAGGCCAAGACUGGCAGCCCUGUGAAAGCUGAGCCCUUCCCCACACCCAAAAAGGAUGACUUGGCUCUGCCCUCGCUCAGCCUCAUCACCACCAGCGCCGGCAGCACGGAGGUUGGCAAGCAGGCAGCAGAGAGCAGCCAGUCCUACACAGCCACUCCCCUGGACAUUCCCAACAUGUUCAGCUUCUGGGAGGACCGGCAGGCAGCCCACCCUGCAGAGCCCCUGCA